AUGGGAAAUAUGAUUAUUUCUGGAUUUAAGCAUAAAAAAGCCUCCAAACAACAAAAGGACCAAAAAAAACCGUCAAGUAUCAACGAAUUAAGUAAACCAUCAUGCGAUAAACCCAUAUUUAUGUCUAUAUUUCGCAACACCACUGGAUAUAAAGAUGAUCCAAAUGAAGAAAUCGAUAGACUUCAUUCACAACACUACCUUUAUCGGCAUGCCUGGAAGGGUAAUUUUUCUGCGCCGAUACACGAAAGAUUAAUAGAAGGCAUAUAUGUGCUUGAUGUUGGGUGUGGGCCUGGAACUUGGUUGUUGGAUAUGGCUAGUUCUUACCCUACCUCUAAAUUUAUGGGUAUCGAUCUGUUUCCACAAUUUCCUUCGGAGGUUAAACCAAAGAAUUGUGAAUUUUUAACAGCCGACCUCUUGGAAGGCUUACCUUUUGAAUGGAACGAACAAGUAAUCAAAGAAUUGACAAGAUUAACUAAGCCUGGAGGAUUUGUUGAAUUAAUGGAUGUACAUAUGCCAGCUAGAGAUCUCCCCCCAAAAGCGAAAAAGAUUUCUGAUAUGAUUAUAGCUGAAAUGGAACGUGAUAACCUUUGGUGGGAUGUCACAUCACAUUUCGAGUUUCUUCUCUCUUCCCAACUAAAUCUAAGCGGUGUUACAUCCCAGAAAAAAAAGCAUGUAAUAGUAGUCAAGGAAGAUGAUCAAGAAGGUGGUUUGUUUUUGGAGUAUUUUGUGGGUAUUUUGAAGAUAGUUUAUCCACAAAUAUCAAAGAAAACAAAUAUUAGCCCGGAGGUAUUCUAUAACGAAUUUAUGCCUAGAGUGAUCGAAGAAUUCAGCGCUAAAGAGCAUAGUCCUUAUAUAUUAACGGAAAGAGUCUUCGCACAAAAGAUUGCAUAA